UCUGCAGUCGCUUCUUGAAAUCUCAACUGCAUUCUGAUGUGAUGUUACUCACACCAUUAUAUAUACCUAUAUAUAUAUAUAUUCCUGGUUUGAUCGAAGGAAAGGCUCCAUCUUCCGCCGUCAGAUCUCUCGUCACCUUCCCCGACGGUGUGCCCUAGCAAGAACAGCCACCAAAAAGCUCCAUCUUUUUCUCCCUCCCUCCAUUCCCAUCUCACCGAACCUCUGAGAAAUCCAUCGAAAAUGGCAAAUCUCACCCACUUCUUCUUCUCUCUGGCUCUCCUUUACAUCGCCGUUUCGGCACAGCUCGACGAGUUCAGCUUCACCGGAUUCAAAGAUUCUGGCGGAAACAUCAGCCUCACCGAAUCGGCCGAGGUUGAGAGCAAUGGUGUUCUCCGAUUAACCAACGAGACCAGUCGACUAAUGGGCCACGCUUUCUACAGCUCCCCUCUUCGCUUCAAGAACUCCAGCAAUGGCGCCGUUUUCUCUUUCUCCACCUGCUUCGCCUUCGUCAUAGCGCCGGAGUACCCGAAGCUCGGCGGCCAUGGCUUUGCCUUCACCAUCUCCUCGUCCCGAGACUUUAAAACGGCUUUUCCCAGCCAGUACCUCGGACUCCUCAACUCCUCAGUCGUCGGCAACUUCUCUAACCACAUCUUCGCCGUUGAGUUCGACACGGUCCAGGACUUCGAGUUCGGCGACAUCAACGACAACCACGUCGGCAUCGACAUCAACAGCCUGGCAUCCAACACCUCCGCCGCCGCAGCAUAUUUCGCCGACGAUUUGAAGAAACAAGAUCUGAAUCUCAAGAGCGGGCAGCCGUUAAUGGCGUGGAUUGAAUACGAUUCUGUUCGGGCCCUAAUCAACAUCACAAUUUCGCCUUCCACUUCUAAGCCCAGAUUGCCGCUUCUUUCUUUCCACUUCAAUCUCUCUCUGGUUCUCCAGGAAAAGAUGUUCAUUGGAUUCUCUUCUUCGACUGGUCUUCUCGCUAGCUCGCACUAUAUACUCGGCUGGAGCUUCAAAAUGAACGGCAACGCCAAAUCGCUUAGCUUUAGUUCGCUUCCAUCAAGUCCUCGACCCAAGAAGAAGCAAACGGGUCUGAUUAUAGGCGUUUCCGUUUCCGUUACUGUUUUAUUUAUCGCUGCUUCAAUUCUGAUUAGUAUGUACUUGAUUAGGAAAAUCAAAAACAGGGACAUAGUUGAAAGUUGGGAACUUGAGAUUGGCCCGCAUAGAUAUUCGUACCAGGAACUCAAGAAAGCGACUAGAAAAUUUCGAGAGUUUCUUGGGGUUGGCGGAUUUGGGCGAGUUUACAAAGGAACGCUACCGAAUUCGAAUACCGAAGUUGCUGUAAAGCGGAUUUCGCAUGAUUCAAAGCAGGGUCUAAGAGAAUUCGUGUCUGAAAUCUCCAGCAUUGGCCGGCUUCGCCACAGAAAUCUUGUUCAAUUAUUGGGCUGGUGUCGCCGGCAAGGUGAUCUCCUCCUGGUCUAUGAUUUCAUGCCUAAUGGAAGCUUAGACAGAUUCCUGUUCGAUGAACCGAAAGCGGUAUUGAACUGGGAACAGAGGUUUAAAAUCAUCAAAGGUGUAGCUUCAGGGUUACUGUAUUUACAUGAAGGGUAUGAGCAGGCUGUGAUUCACAGAGAUGUGAAGGCCAGCAACGUGUUGCUUGACUCUGAGCUGAAUGGCCGGCUUGGAGAUUUCGGAUUGGCGAGAUUGUACGAGCACGGGACUAACCCGGGCACGACCCGUGUGGUCGGGACGAUGGGGUACCUUGCACCGGAGCUGCCAAGGACAGGGAAGGCCACAACAAGGUCGGAUGUGUAUGCAUUUGGGGCUCUGUUGCUGGAAGUUGUGUGCGGGAGGAGGCCUAUUGAGCCCAAUGCCCCGCCGGAGGAGCUGGUUUUGGUGGAUUGGGUGUGGGAGAAGUGGGAAAAAGGGAGUGUUCUUGACGUGGUUGAUCCUAAACUGGGAGGUGAAUUUGAUGAGAUUGAGGUAGUGAUGGUGUUCAAGCUGGGGCUAAUGUGCUCAAACAAUGCGCCUUUGUCAAGGCCUAGUAUAAGGCAAGUUUUGAGCUACUUGGAAGGCGAGGUUGGGGUCCCGGAGGACCUGAGAUCGCCGGCCGGAGACGACAGGGGCGGCGGCGUGGAAGUGGCUGAUGGUGAUGGGUACACGGAGUCCUUUGCUUCGUCGUUUGAGAAGGGAUCGUCCUCGUUCGCCAGAGGAGACGUUGAAGCUAGUUUUGCCUCUAUUUCUACUUCGCCUCUUUCACUUCUCUACAGUGGAGAUGAAGCCAGAUGGUGACGGCUUUCUCUUCUCUCUUUCUUCCCUUUUGCCUCUUCUUUGUGAUGAUUUCCAUGAAACCGUUCUCCUAAGGAAAGAAGCAAUCAAUGGACAUUCAUAUAUA